CGCUGCCGGGAUACCAUGCUCCGAUUUGUGCACAUGUGGUUGGAUGGUGCCUUGCAUCAACAAGCAAGAAUGCCAGCCUCCCAUGCCGAUCGACGUAGAUAUGGAUGAACCCGCCGAAAGAGAAGUCCUGCAGUUCGCCCGAGAGAACCUGCUUGACAGCGAAGAUGAUUGGCAGCCUGAAGAAAGGCGUGGCAUGCCACCUCCAUCCACAAACCGGAAGACUAGUAGGGGCAAAAAGAGACUUGACAUGGACAAUGAGAUGGAAGUAGAUGCUGACACCCGUCACACCACCCCACUUGUGCACAACUCCUCUCAGAAGAGAAAGAAGAAGGGUGCAACAGCUGCUCGGGUCCGCAGAAGGCUUGAGGUUGACCAGGUUCGAGUACAGACUGACAUGUUACUUGUGAGCGAAGAUGAAGGGCAAAUGGUGCAGACGACAUCGAGAAGACAAAUUGUACGACCAAGGUCCACUCCACGUCAGGCUGUCGGUGCACCAGAUGGUCCACCUAUGGUGACAUCGCACCAUCAAGCGGUCAAGGAUUUUGCUGCAACUCUCAGUAUGACACAGCUCCAGACCAUAGUAACCGAGCUGCUGUUCAGAGAUCAGGGAUCAUUUGAGGAUUAUCUCCAUGGAUACAGACCAUGUGAUAAUCCGCCAAGUCAACCACAGCCAGAGGACCUACCAAGAUGGUGUAGAUGUGGCAACUGCCGACCCAUGCUUACUUACUUACUUACUUACUUUGGAGAUUUAACGUGCGCUUUCCGACUGAUGCGUAUUUCGUACACGGGCCCGGCCAGGCCAUUUAAUGUGUUUCCGAAAGGGGCGAAAGUGGUGUGUGCAACCCAAGAGGGGGCUUUAGGGGUUGCUUAUAUAGAAUUUGGGAAUUUUGAGAUUUGGAAUAGACCCAUGCCGUAAGCACAGGAAAAUAAUUGCUGCUGGCAGACUGGCUCCUCCCAGUGUGUCGUGAACACGCCAAACUUCUACACUGUGAUCACACCUGCUAUAUUGGA